UCCCCUUGACUCCGACUCCGACAUCGACUCCGACAUUGACUCCACUGAGUUCUUCGUUAGCCAUUGAAACCUAAGCUUAUUGAAACCCAUUGCUGCUUCGUCCGCCAUUGUUGCUUCGUCGGCCACUUUCCACUAUUGCUGCUUCGUCUUCCAUUGUCUUCGAUCCCGAAGACAAACACAAACUCGUCAGUUUCUGUUGUUUGCAUAUGAGUCUUCUUUGUCCGCCAUUACUGGUCACAGAUUGAGCUUUAUAUUUUCGAUUUCGAAGUGGGUUUUACGGAAUUUGGGCUGUUCAGCGAUUGUUAUAAAGCAACCAAAGAGAUCUGAGGCAACCCUUCUCUCCUCUGUGCUGUUCAGCGAUUGUUAUAAAGCAACCAAAGAGAUCUGAGGCAACCCUUUUCUCCUCUGAGUUCAGAUUUCUCAGAGACAGAACUUGAGUUCUGUUUUGCCGUCGAAGGAAGAACCAAAGGACACGGGUCGUGGUAAUAAUGUCAUCUGGUAUGAAAAUCGUAGAAGAGACGCAGAAAUCAGUUGAGAAGUUGCAGAUUUAUCCGACAGCUAACUCUGGUGUUUCUCCUUUUUGGCGAGAGAAGUAUGAAAGGGAUGCUAAAAAGUAUUGGGAUAUAUUUUACAAACAUCAUGGAGACAGAUUUUUCAAAGACCGCCACUACUUGGACAAGGAAUGGAACAGCUAUUUUUCGGUCAGUGGAAAAAGAGUUAUUCUUGAGGUUGGCUGUGGAGCUGGAAACACCAUAUUCCCGUUAAUUGCCACAUAUCCAGACAUUUUUGUUUACGCAUGUGAUUUUUCACCACGAGCCGUCGAAUUGGUCAAGGCUCAUGAUGAAUACACAGAGACUCGCGUGUGUGCAUUUGCUUGUGACUUGACAGGGGAUGAUCUUGACAAGCACAUUUCUCCUUCUUCAGUUGAUAUUGUAACCAUGAUAUUUGUUUUAUCUGCGGUAUCCCCAGAGAAGAUGUCCUUAGUAUUGCAGAAUAUUAAGAAAGUACUUAAGCCAAAUGGGUGUAUUCUCUUCCGUGACUAUGCUACUGGUGAUCUUGCUCAGGAGAGAUUUUCUGGGAAAGAUCAGAAAAUCAGCGAGAACUUUUAUGUCAGAGGUGAUGGCACUCGUGCCUUCUACUUUUCUAAUGAAUUCCUAGAAACUUUGUUUUCCGAACAAGGAUUUGAAGUUGAGGAGCUUGAUGUUUGCUGCAAACAAGUUGAGAAUCGUUCACGUGAACUGGUCAUGAAUAGGCGCUGGGUCCAAGCUACAUUUCGUCGAUCAAACGUCAACAAAAACCCUUGUGAUAGGAUGACUGCUACCAAAUUAGACCAAUCUGAACAACAAAGUAACAAUCAGCCUAAAUCUGAGGAACAAGAAAGAAAAGAGAUUGUCGAUAAUAGUGUCAUUGACAUAUCCGAUGGUCUAGCAAUGGAAAUGUUUGGAGCCUCCCCAUCAAGUCAUGAGAUGAGCGUGGUUAAGCUUAGGGAUUCUUCUUUUAAAAUCAAACUUUUGUCCAAAGAAUAUCAACAUACUUGCAAAUCUACGGGGUUGAUGCUUUGGGAGUCUGCUCGGCUUAUGGCUUCUGUUCUUGACAGGAACCCGAACAUUGUUUAUGGAAAACGGGUGUUGGAAUUGGGUUGUGGCUGCACAGGGCUAUGCUCGAUGGUAGCUGCGAGAACAGCUAGCCUUGUGGUAGCUACCGAUGCAGACAUAAAGGCACUCACGCUGUUAACAGAGAACAUCGCAAUGAACCUCCAAUCUUCUUUACUUGGAAAACUUAAAGCAGGUGUACUUGAAUGGGGAAACAAAGAGCAUAUAGAAGGCAUUAAAGGUUUGGCUUGUGGAGGUUUUGAAGUUAUCAUUGGGACCGAUGUUACUUAUGUAGCUGAAGCCGUUAUUCCUUUGUUUGAAACCGCAAAUGAGUUGAUCUUACGAAAAAUGGGAGACUCGGAGGUUCGAGGAAAGCCGGCGUUGAUUCUAUGCCAUGUUUUUAGAAGGGUUGAUGAACCUUCUCUCUUGUCAGCUGCAUCUAAGUUUGGGUUUAAGCUUGUAGACAGAUGGGCUGCAAGUUCAAAGGAAUCUCGUGUUGGGAGCAUCGUUGACAGUUGGUUUUCCGAAAAGGAUUUGGUCGCGGAAAUCCCGAGUUCUGCGUUGCAUAUUCUCUACUUUCAAAUGGAGUAAGAGUAGCAAAUGUGGAUUAGAUGAAUAUUUUUUGUUUUCUGGUUGAGUCUCAAUCAAUGAGUGUUAUACAUGUACUCUUUAGUCAGUGUAUUGCGUUGAGUGAUCUUAUUCUUGGUAUCAUGUAAGAAUAUGGUUUAUAUUUGCCACGUUUUAUAGUCGCAAGCGAUUGUGAGUGCGAUUUUAAAAUCUUAUGAUGUUGUUCGUUUUGUAGUCACACAACUAAUCGAUGCGACUAGCGCAAAAGUGUUCGUUUA